GCUCGUUCGGUGCGGACCUGGUACCUCUUUUGUGAAGCGGCAGCUGAGGAGACUCUGGCGCUCGCCAUGGCAGACGAAAAGCCCAAGGAAGGAGUCAAGACCGAGAACAACGAUCAUAUUAAUUUGAAGGUGGCGGGGCAGGAUGGUUCUGUGGUGCAGUAUAAGAUUAAGAGGCAUACACCACUUAGCAAACUAAUGAAAGCCUAUUGUGAACGGCAGGGUUUGUCAAUGAGGCAGAUCAGAUUCCGAUUUGAUGGGCAACCAAUCAAUGAAACAGACACACCUGCACAGUUGGAAAUGGAGGAUGAAGAUACAAUUGAUGUGUUCCAGCAGCAGACAGGAGGUGUCUACUAAAAAGGGAACCUGCUACUUUACUCCAGAACUCUGUUCCUCCAGACCAAGAAGACAUUCUCAAUUAAAAACCGCAAUUUGGUUCCACCACA